ACCAACCCGUUCGCACGGGCGCGAGAGGUUUUAACGGUUUUAACUGUUUUGACAGUUCAAAGCAGGCUGUGGUAUUUCUGUUUGAUGUCAUUAAUAUUUUUUUUUGUGAUACAAAUCUUGGCUCUUGUGGCCACUUGUUCCGGCGGACCAAGAUAGACUAUUUCGGUCGUACCCAGUCCAGAUGAUCUUCAGCCGCCUCACGGGUUCCAGCUGUAAUCAACUGAUCCGCGUCCCUCCGCUCCCAGACGACCCGUUGCAGCUCCUUCAUCUACAUACGGUAACUGGAAAGCCCGUCAGUACCUUCUUCCUCGCGUACGGAGAUCAUAUCGUGGAGAAUUCGUCCAUGAACAAGACGGUCAGUUUACGAAAAGAGCCGCAUCUUCCGAUGGAUCGAGGCACACCCAGGCAGGUGCGGAUCUGUAUCGCAUGGUUGGUGCGCGCAGGCCAUCGUUGGAGGUUUUGUCCAGCAGGGAAGUCAGCCAACCGGUGUUUUUUCAAGACGCUUUCACGAUCCCUGAACAACGAGUCGAAACUAGACGUGACCUUUUUGGACAUCCGCUCGCAGUCAAAGUCGAAUUGGUCGAAAAAAUUUUCCGCUAGACUAGCGCCAAGAUCUGAUAUCUUCUUUGUCCUUUGGAAAAGACAUGUUACGGAUCAACGGCCGGAGAGUGGCCCAUGGACAGUUGAUGCUCUCAGAGAAGGACAAUGAUGUGUGAGUCCUGCCCUGCUUUGAAAACGAUUACGUACAUGGAUCAAGAUCGCCGAUAUUCAUGAAGAUUCAUGUGUUCAAGCUGGAACAUGAAAAUUUCAACCGCCAGCGAAAGAUCUGUAUCCGAAGCUGGUCAAGAGCCGUUCAAUCCACCUUCAGCGAUGGUGGUCGGGUUGCGUCAACUGGAAAAUAUAAAGAGGCAUCGAUAAAGAAGAGGGCGGGUGUGGGGGAUGAUACAGUCUCUUUAUUUUGAAAGAAAAACAGGUGACAAAAUGCUACAGACAUGAUUGCGUCCGCCACCAUAGCAGCUGGAUACUGUGGUGGCCGUUUUGGUACAUAUAUUUGGAGUCUCGCAGUGGAUUGAUCCACUU